AUGGGUGGGUACUAUUCAUCUUUCAAUAAUACUCUAAAUGAUCCAGCAGCAGGCCUUCCCUUAAUUUUUCGUCCAUUAAAGGAUGUCAGUUGGCUCUCGAUUACUAUGUUACAUAAUGGAAAUUUGAUAACAGAGUCACGACCUGCAACUAAAUGGAUUAAUGGGAAACGACAAGUGAUGAUUAAGAAAUACAUGAGCAUCAAAAGCCUUUUUUUGGAGCAGAGAGCCCGUACCAAUCAAAAAUACGAACAUGCUCGAGGUUUUUUGAUGGACAGAAUAUUUGAUAACGAAGUAGAAAAUAAGGACUAUUUUGUGCCAGGGUCUAUUUUAGCAUUGGGCUCGUUUUUCUUGGGAAGAAUAAUCAGUAGCAAAGGGAAUUAUAAAGUGCGUUUGGGAAAAGCACCUUCAUCGAACUUAUUUUUCUCGAGAAUCAUAACCAGUUCACCCUCUAGAGUUAUUAUGCCGGGACUAUUGGCUGGGCUGACUUUGUAUGCUUGGAUACCAGAAACUACAAAAAAUUUUGGCAGAAUAUUUGAGGGGAACGUUUUACGCAAUAGAUGGAUGGGACAGUAUGUCAAUUCUUGGAAAGAUAAGUAUAAAAAAAUAAUGCCCAACGAGACCUUCUCUUGGGUUGACUUCAGGCGUAAUAGAUUGCCAUCUAGAAUAAGGACGUUUCGGAAGCAACUUAUAAACGAAUUCCAUGGUUCGUCAUCUUAUUAA